AAUGGGUACCCACACGUUCAAUGGUCGGAUGAUGAUGACGACGACGAUGACGAUUAUGAUAAAUACAAUACUUCUAUAACUCCAAAUGCAUCUCUUAACUUUUCGGGGAGUCGCUCUAAAAGUUUUGAAAGUUUAUGGAGGUCCGCAUCUGCCCAAGCAAGGUCAAAUACUUCAUUAAGUAGGAGUUUUGAGUCACAGGCAAUGCCAGUUGAAGACUUUUAUAUGCAUACUGCCCAACCACCAGUUCCCAAGGAAGUUGUUAAGCAAAUACGAGAUGGAAAUUAUAUUAACUUUCAAGAACUUCUUCCUGAGAAUCUUGGAAGAGAAAAUGCAAAGAACAAGGUGAUGAUUGAUGAAACUGAAAGAGUGGAUGAUAUCACUAAGUGGAUUGAUUGCAUGGCUACUUAUGUUGCGGUGUUUACCUGUAGUGAUCCUAAUCGAAUUAGAGAUUUAUUGGCCUAUCAAGGCAUAAUAACCAGAUUAUACCGUGAAUGCCAGAACAAGAAAGCUUGGCAACGAUAUGAUGUUGCAUUCAGGCGGAAAGCAUCUCAGAAUGGACUGAGAGACUGGAGCACAGUUGAUGAAAACUUAUGGAUAAUGGCUUCAUCCCGAGAUGCAAGGAGAGCUAUCCUCUGUAAAGCUUGUUUGUCUCUAGCACAUGACCAAAACUCUUGUCCGCUGAAACCUAAAGAAGAAGUAUCAAAGACU